AUGGACAACGCCACCUUUAUUCAUGUAUAAAAAUUUUCUAGGGUUUCCAGAUUGUCUUCACCUAAUUUUUCAAUCUUGACAAAAUAUAUUUCUUCGAAAUUUCGAAUUUGUGAUUUGGAUUUUUGAGUUUUCCGGCUAUAAUUCUGCUUAAAUACUUUUAAAUGAUGGAUUUCUCGAAUUCCAAGGAUUGUCAACGGUCGUCGAUUGUUGAAGAAAAUAGUACGGUGAAGUUGGAGAUCGAGGACUCUUUAGAUGAUGAACAUGGGCCUUUCAAUAAGAAGCAGAAGAAAUCUUCGUCUCUUAAUCAGUUCUCUUCGGGAAAUAAUCAAUCUCCAGUCCCCCUUUCACAUUACAAUCCCCUUGAGGAGCCUAGUCCAUUGGGUUUGCGCCUGAGAAAAAGCCCGUCACUCCUUGAGCUAAUCGAAAUGAGACUCUCCCAAGGGAAGUCUUCUACUUUGGGAUCCGCACCCAGUGAUGAUUCCAAAUCACGGGAAAAAAGUAACCUUAAAAGCAGUGCUCCUACUGCUACAGAUAAGCUUAAGGCUUCAAAUUUUCCUGCUUCCAUAUUAAAGAUUGGCUCUUGGGAGUAUACUUCUCGCUAUGAAGGGGAUCUAGUUGCAAAAUGUUACUUUGCCAAGCAUAAGCUUGUUUGGGAAAUUCUUGAGGGAGGCCUAAAGAGCAAAAUUGAAAUCCAGUGGUCUGAUAUCAUGGGAUUGAAAGCAGACUUUCCGGAUGAUGCUCCUGCAAACUUGGUUGUAGUGCUGGCACGUCAACCUCUGUUCUUCAGAGAGACAAAUCCUCAGCCAAGAAAGCAUACACUCUGGCAGGCUACAGCAGAUUUUACUAACGGACAGGCUAGCUUACAUAGGAAACAUUUCUUGCAAGUGCCAAAUGGUCUAUUAAACAAGCAUUUUGAGAAAUUAAUUCAGUGUGAUAUGCGUCUUAAUUUCCUGAGCCGACAACCAGAAAUAAUUUUAAAUUCUCCCUACUUUGAAUCCCACUCUUCUGCUUUUGAUGCCUCAAAUGAAUCCAAAAAUCAUGGCUUAGAUCAAAGAGAAACCAGCAGGGGGCCUAGCAUCUCAAUUUUUGAGGAUGUUGGAACACCUUCUGUAUCCCCAUCAUCUUCUAUCUCAAUCAAACAAGAUGAUACACUUCAUGGACCGUCUGAAAAUUUGUCUCGUGAAGCUACUUCCCCUAGCUCAGUGAUGGAUAUGCCUGUAAUGGAAGUUAGUACAAGCAGCCAAUCAAGUAAACUGAAGGGGUCGAAAAGCGUUGAACAGCUAAUAAUGCAAGGAAUACGCCCAUCCAUGUCAAUGACCGACCUUGUGAAUCAUAUUGGUAACUGCAUUUCAGAACAAAUGGGUUCCGAGAAUCCAGAGUUCACAGAAAACUGUUCUGAAUCCCGUAAAAUGCUUGAAGAUAUUGCGCAACACCUACUAGGUGACUUCCAAUUUACAACAUGCUCUGACGAGAAAUCCUUAAUGUCGAGGGUCAACUCUUUGUGUUCCCUUCUUCAGAAAGAUGGCACCCCUGUUCAGACUUUUGAAAUGACGGAAGAGGAAAAGAAUGUAACUGAUAAACAUGAACUUGAGUUACUGGAUCACAGUACAAAUAAAGGUGACACAAUUGCCCCCGAAGAUUCUGUUAGAGAUGGGUACAAGCAAGCACCGAGCAUGCCGAGAAUCGAUUCUUUUGGGGAUUUGCUCCUUCAUCUUCCUCGGAUUGCUUCACUACCAAAGUUCUUGUUUGACAUUUCUGAAGACGGGGAUAAUCAAGCACGAUAGACAGGAGGAGAAGACGUUAAUGAUACUUGACGACAUGAUUUCUCUUCGUGGUUUGACACAAUUGCUGUUUUGGAAAUAGAAUUUCAGAUUGUUGUAUUGUAUAUGUACCUUGUAAAAUUAUUGAGAUUCAGAAAUUUGGUUUAAUGAUGAAUCUCAAUCCAAAACUGUACAGAGAGGAACCAUACAAGGGAUAAUUUAUAGCUUUUUUCUCAAGUUUAUGAUCUGCAAAUUUAAAGUGUAGCUUUUCUCUCUGUAUCCAUUGUUGGGUUUCCCGGUGUAAAAAGGUCUGAAUUUUUCUUGUAUUUUUUCCUUUGUGACUGCUGGAUAUGAAAGUUUGUACAUCUUUAUAUGAUAACUCUUCAAUUAAUUUCUUUAGUAUCUUUACCGUUGCAAAAA